GAGUUUCGAUACAAACGCGGUGUCCGUAACUUGCAACCAUUUCUGUGUUUUUACGACACCUUAGGUUCUUUCCUUCUAACUAACUAAGCAAAUUAUAAUGGAAAAUCACAAUAUAUUGGCAAGUGCGACCACAUCAGCACUAUGCCAUAUGAUUUACCAAUUUAUGUUUAGAAUGUCAUCUUUCAUUCUAAAUACAUUAAUAAUACGUCAAACAUCAAAAGAGUUACUAGGAGUUGUAAAUGUGAGGUUGACUUUGUUAUAUACAACUUUAUUGUUUGUUACUCAAGAAUGUUUCAAAAAAGCAUGCACUAAUCGAAAUAGUGUUAAAAAUAAACCUUGGUCAGAAAUCAACAAUGUUUUAUGGUUGGGAGUGCCCGCAAGCAUCUUUUGUGUUUUAAUUCUCUCAUUACUGUGGAUUUUUGGAUUUAAGCAACCGGUUGAGCCAUAUUAUACAUUCGCAGUGCUAGCUUUCGGAGUUUCUGUGGUAAUAGAGUCAUUCUCUUUGCCAUUAUUCGUAUUAGGACAACUUCAUUUGUACGUUAAAUUAAGAGUACAGGGUGAAAGAUACGUUAUGACUAUAUUCCAUGUAUUAAAUUUUCAAGACCAAGGCAAAUAUGACGUUAUAAAUAACCUAGGUUCAAUGGUGGCUAGAUUUAUAUUUAUGCCAGUGGAAGAGAGUUCCCAUCUAUUAUUUUCUCAAACCCUCACAAGAGGGAAAGAUGCAAGUAGUCAGCCAAAAAAAGAUCUUGAAUUAGCUUCAUCGUUUCUGGAGAAUGUGCUUAAAUUUGUUACUACCUUAGGAUUGUUAGCUUGCGCUUUUGGGCAGGCUUAUUCCUUUCUAGCGUUAAAUUUGUAUGGAGGAGAACUACUUAGUUCGGAUUCAGGGCCUUGUCUCUUGAGAACUUUCUGCGUUUAUCUUUUAUUAUUAGCCGUUAAUGGGGUAACGGAAAGCUUUGUUUUUUCGGUUAUGAAGAAAAACCAAAUAGAAAGCUAUAACCGAAAAAUGUUACUAUUUUCUAUUAUUUUCGUCAUUUUAUCAUUAAUAUUAACUAAAUUACUUGGGGGUGUUGGGUUUGUCUGGGCGAAUGGCGCCAAUAUGCUGGCUCGUAUUAUCCAUAGCUUUUUAUACAUAAGAGAGUUUUAUAAAAGUUCGAAUUAUAGUCCGUUGAAAGGAGUUUAUCCUACUAAAGCCUUUGUUAUUUCUCUUCUAUGCUCACUAGGAAUUACUUGCGCGUCCGAGAGAUUGUUCUAUCCGGUCUCAACCUUAACUGUUCUCAUUCAUGUCUCUAUUGGUGGUGUUUGCUUAGCUGGAGUUUUAUUAACUCUAUGGCUAACCGACAAGGCAUUUAUACAAUUUAUGUUGAAUUUUGUGAGAAACAGAUCAAAUCCUAAGAAAAUAAAUUAG